AUGUCUUCGAACGCUGGUAAAGCUAAAGCCAGUAAAGGUGGACGCGUAAACAACUCACGGAACAAAAGAACUGAAGAGAGUUCACCCGAGGAAUCGGCAGAAAGAUCAAUAGCUGAGGAAAAGGAAAAGGAAAAGGAAAAAGUUGAGUCUAUAGAAAAUGGUCUUAAAAAUGUACAGAAAACGUUGCAGGGUAUUAGUAAAAAGUUACCGAAAUAUGAACAUGUAGAGAGUGAAUUAACAAGGAUUACGUCAUUGAUCGAAGAUCAUGAAACUGGGCUAACAACUUCCUUGAAGUAUGUCGCAGAACAAUCUGAAAGCAACAGUGAUGAACUAUAUUUUGUGAGGUCAGAGAAUGCACACUUACGCAGAGAGCUUGACCUAAUGCGUGCUAUGAUGAUACAUAUGGACCGCAGAAUGCAGAACAUGGAGUCAGAAAUUACAGACUUGAGAUCGCGAUCAAUGCGUGACAAUAUUAUGAUUCAUAAUUUAGCAUACGCAUCGGAUGAAAAGCUAGAUCAACAGGUUCCUAAUAUGUUGAAGGAAUAUCUUGGGGUUGAGGUGAAGUUUGUCCGAAUAGACAGAAAUAGCGUAAGAGGAACGAUUAAUUCAAGGCCAGUAUCCAUCACUGGUAAAUUGGUGGACGGCAGGAAAAAGGAUGAACUUCUCCGCGCUCAAAAACAGAAAAAGGCAGAAAAUGUGGAACUACCAUUCUACAUUACAGCCGAAGAGCCAGCAUCAACUCUGGAGGAGCGUAAGCGUUUACACGAAAUUUCAGACUCCUUCAGAAAACAAAAUAUAAAAUGUAAAAUUGAAAAGGGGCGUGUGGUUAUGUCGAAUGGACAUCGAUAUGAGGACCCUAUUCCAAAGCUGGAAAUAGCAGAUGCGCUUAAGAUCGGUCCGGAGGAAACAGCGACUCUGGAUAAUGUGAACAUCGUAUACACAGAACCGACCAGGGUAAAGAAUUCCGAGAUUUUUGCCACGGGAAGAAAAAUUCAUGCGAUAGAGGAGGUGAAUGAGCUUCAUAAAAAAGUGAGCAUUGACCCUGUUUCGGCGGAGGCAGAUCAUCGCAUCUUAGUUUAUAGAUUCAUAGACAACUCAGGAAAGUUACAGGAAAGCUACUGGGAUGGAGGUGAACAUGGGGCAGGUCGCCGCCUGUUGAAGAACAUGCAAUCUAACGAAAUAGUUAACGUCGGAAUUGUGGUUACGAGAUGGAAUGGUCGUACCUUCCUUGGGCAGGAACGUUUUCGUAUUAUGGAAGAGCACGUCAGUGAUAUUGCAAAUCAAGUGGAUGUGGAUUAG